CCCCCGGAUGGGCGUCGCAAGCCUGCGAAGAUGGCCGCGUCGGGCAGGGCUGCCUCGGCAUCCACCGGCUCAAGCCUGGAGCGCGGCGCCCCCGGGGCGCAGAACGGCGCCGACGACGAUGGCCAAAAUUUAUGGUCUUCGAUUCUCAGCGAGGUGUCCAUGCAUUCCCGCUCCAAGCUGCCGUCCGGGAAGAGUGUCCUCGUCAUGGGUGAGGUUGGGGCUGGUAAAACUACACUGGUCGCCAAACUCCAAGGAAUAGAGGAGUAUCUGAAAGGGAGGGGACUGGAAUACCUUUAUUUCAAUGUUCACGACGACGACAUUGAUGACGAUACCAGGUGUAACGCAUGGGUGUUGGACGGCGACCUGUACCACAAGGGCCUCCAGAAGUUUGCAGUAUCCCAGGACAACCUGGCGGACACCAUCGUUCUGCUGGUGGUGGACAUGUCCCGGCCCUGGGGCGCCCUGGACUCGCUGCAGAAGUGGGCUGGCGUGGUGCGCGAGCACGUCGACAGGCUGAGGGUGCCCCCGGAGGACAUGAGGGACAUGGAACAGAAAAUGGUGCGGCACUUUCAGGAGUACACUGAACCAGGGACCGGUUCCCCUCAGAGGAAGACUCCCCUGCUGCCAGACGCCGAUGAGGAGAGUGUGGUUUUGCCCCUGGGUGAGAGAACACUGACGCACAACCUUGGUGUUCCGGUGGUGGUGGUGUGUGCGAAGUGUGACGCCGUCAGCACGCUGGAGAAAGACCACGACUACAGGGACGAGCACUUUGACUUCAUCCAGUCGCACAUCCGCAGAUUCUGCUUGCAAUACGGCGCCGCCCUGGUGUACACCUCAAUGAAGGACAACAAGAACCUGGACGUGCUGUAUAAGUACCUUGUCCACAGACUCUAUGGGUUUCCCUUCAUUGUUCCAGCUCAUGUUGUGGAAAAGGAUGCAGUCUUUAUCCCAGCAGGAUGGGACAACGAAAAAAAAAUUGCAAUCCUGCAUGAAAACUUCCAGACGAUAAAAGCAGAAGACAGCUUCGAGGACGUGAUUGUGAAGCCGCCCGUGAGAAAGUUUGUGCAUGAGAAGGAGAUUUCAGCGGAAGAUGACCAGGUGUUUCUGAUGAAGCUGCAGGGGCUGAUCGCGAAGCAGCCCACGGUGGCGGCUGGACGGCCUGUGGAAGCGUCUGGCAGAGCCCCCAGCGGGUCACCUCGGACGACCAACCGCUCGGCAGCGUCGAACGUGGCCAACGCGAUGCCCAUGCAGCCAGGUGGCCAGACAAGCGAAGGGGUCCUGGCCAACUUUUUCAACAGCCUGCUGACUAAGAAAGCUGGUGCCCCUGGACCGGGGGGCAGUCCCGCGGGGGGAGGGGGCGGCACGCCCACACAAGUCCGGAAGUCAGGGUCUAAGCUGGGCUUGACGGAUGUGCAGGCUGAACUGGACCGAAUUGCCAGCAAGUCAGAACCAGAGGCGCUGUCACCCACUGCUGCAGAGCCCACUGCUGAAAAUGAGGAGUCCUAAGGUUGGGGUGGGGCAGGGCAGCCAAGCAGUGCACCCCCCCCAUGAAAAUACCUCCCCUUACUUUCGUUUCCAUCUCCGUCUUCUCCCUCUUCUAUUAGACACAUUGUCGGCGACUCUGCCAUGUACACUAACGCCGGCAGCAGGUGGUGCAUGCUGGAUGUUUCUCUUGAUGUUGUGUCUGGAGAUGAAAUCUGGAAAGACAGGGGACACUGGCAGAGAGAUCCUGGGGGCAGUAUCUCUUUAGAUUAACAGUUAAACGUUUGUAGAUACAAAAGAAGUCUUGCGAAAGACCCUGGCUAUUAAUAACACCGUAUAUGCAAGGAAUGGAGGGCACUAAACUCUUAGUGGUAAAACUUAGCUUGAUCCAGCUGCACUCAAAAUGCAUGUCCCGAUUACCAAAGGCGAGAAAAAAAAAGCAACGUGACACAGAUAGGGAAUUUUUAAAGGGGUUUCUACCCUCGCCUUGGCCGGUGUGAUAACGGAAGAAAGUGUGCAAUAAAGCUACGUUAAACGGCAGGAUCGCCUCGACAAAUAAGUGUUGUUUUUUUGUGUCCAGUUUGUCGUGAGGAGUCUCGAUUAUCUGAACAUACGAUGCAACGAAACGGAUAGUGAAAGAGCCUUGCUUCGUCUGAAAAAUGUACAUAUAUGUUAUAUUUCACUAUAACGUGAUUGGUCCAUUUUUUCCAGAUAUUGUAGUGAUAUUUCACCUGGUUGGUAUCCAUAAGAAAAACGAAAUAAAAUUGUAUUUAUUCUGUA